UCUCAACACCUAAAACCGCGCACAGCACUGCCCUCUCUCUCUCUCUCUCUCUCUCUCUCACACCGUGAGAGCCGCAAUUCAGUUCUCUCCCGCACAAACUUCCAGCCUCCAUUCGUCAGUCCUCUGUCUCUCCCUGAUUCUUUAAAUAUACUGCCCGAGUUCCCCCCCUCGAAUCCCAAGAAAGGACAGUCCGGUCUGUGAUCUGGUCCCGGAGAGACAGAGAUGGGCGCGUUAAUGUUGAUGAUGAUGAUGAUGAUGGCGACGGCGAUGGCGAAGCUGUGCGAUGGAGCGGUGUACAAGGUCGGGGACACGGCGGGUUGGACCACCAUCGGCAAUGUCGACUACAAGCAGUGGUCUGCCACCAAGACCUUCCAGCUCGGUGAUACCAUCCUUUUUCAGUACAGUGCCCAAUUUCACAACGUGAUGCACGUCACACAUGCCGAGUUCAGGGCGUGCAACACGACGUCUCCCAAGGCGACCUACACGACCGGCAAUGACUCGAUCACCCUCACCAAUCGCGGCCACCACUACUUCUUCUGUGGUGUCCCGGGUCAUUGCCAAGCCGGUCAGAAGGUCGACAUCAACGUGCUUCGUAAACCCGUCAGUGCACAGACCCCUUCGCCUUCGGCUGUUCCUACUCCAGGCAUCCAGGGGCCUUCUCCGAAUAACGGCCAUCUGCCUCGCGCUUUGAAGGGCUCUUUUGCCAAGCUCGGAUUGCUCACGGUGGUUCUUGCGGUUUGCUGUUAAAGCUGUUAUUGCUUCUGAGUCACCUUGUAUUUUGGUAUAUACAUUGAGCUCCAGCAGUCUUAAACUGAAUCCGGCUAGAAAUUUCCAGAUUAUACACAGAUCCACUGUAUAAUUUUGUUAUGUUCAGAUUGCUUUCCUUUGUAUUACACAUCUCUUUUGUUUAUGUCUGUUGUGCACCAUAAGAA